AUGAAGUUGUUCAUAUUCUCUUUAAUCACUCUCUUGGCUUGCUUUACUCCCGUCACCUAUUCUUGGGGUGCUGCAGGCCACCGUACAGUUGGGCGUAUAGCACAAAACUUUCUCACGGAUGAUGUGAGCAAUCAAGUGAAUGCAUUACUUGGUGAGUCAUUGGAAGCUGUAUCUACGUGGGCUGAUGAAAUUAAACGCAAGGACCCUUCGUUUAAUUGGGCCAAGCCGCUUCACUUUAUCGACACUCAUGAUAAUCCUCCGAAAACUUGCACGGUUUCAAUGGUGAGAACAGUUCGACAAUCCGUGAUUGCAAACAGGGAAGGUGCAUUGUUGCAGGCAACCAUUACCAAUUACACAUAUCAAUUGGACAGCUCAAAUGGUUUUAAAUUUGGAGAAAGGAACAUUGCGCUCAAAUUCCUCACCCAUUUCCUUGGAGACAUAACACAACGCCUAUAUUUAAUACCAGCGCUACAUGCAUGCGGAAAGGAAACGGGCGGACUGAAUGUUAACGUAACAUUCAAUCAAGAGUCGGAUAAACUUCACUUCAUCUGGGAUGAUAAUAUGAUCGAAAAACGAUUACAGGAUUUUUCGAGCUCGAGCGAAGAAACAAUGCCUGGGGAAAGUAAAUUUACUGACGCCGAUAUAGAAGCAUACGCCACGACCCUAACUCUCGCAAUCACUUCCGGUUCUUACAAAGACAUUAAAUCUGAUUGGACUUCAUGUAUAGGGGAGGCUAAUGCAGUCACGCAAUGUCCGUUACAAUGGGCUAGUGAUACUAAUGCUCUCAAUUGUAAUAACGUAGUAUGGAAGUACGUUCUUGAUAACCCAAAUGAGGAUUUAGCCGGUGACUAUUAUAAUGCGGUUGUUCCAUACAUCGAUAUGCAGCUUGCUAAAGGGGGGUAUAGAUUAGGAAUGCUUCUGAAUCAUGUGCUGGGUAGAACUGAAUCCAUUGUAUUGCAAGACUAUAACGAUAGUAUUUAA